UGCCCUGACGACAUUGCAGAAGCCGCUGGACCCACUCCCUCACACAAUUACACUCCUAUAAAACCUUGUAUCUUUGGCGAAGAAGAGGAGAGGAAGAGGCAGACGUCCAGGUUCUUCUUUCGUUCAACAAUCUUCAACGUUCUUGAUUGAUCGCUACCGCUGUUAACUUGAUCGGGCUUUCGUCGAAGCGCUGGCUAACUCAGGAGUGUGCAUGAGAGAUUUCACCAUACACAUCUGCUUAGAGGUUGAAAUUUGUAAUAAUGGCUUCAAGGGCACUUUUGCGAAGGAGGAGGAACAUUUUUGAUUCAGUGAAUCAACCUAAUAGCUUGUUUCGGGCCUUUUCAAGUUUUGAGCAUGGUCAAUUGUUUCAAUCUAAUGAUUUGCAGUCUUCCGAUUGCAUUUCAAAUCAUAGGCUUGCAAACACUGAUGACAGAGAAGGAUGUUUACCUUCAUUUACCAGGGAUGGAAAAUCAAAUCCUUUAGCUGUAGGGUUUUUUAGGCAUAAUUUUUCCGGAAUUUCAACGUUGGGCUAUCGGAUUGAAAGGACAGAAUCCAUGUAUCCUUUAAGAGCUAGGUUGAUUCAACAAUCUAUACGCUAUGCGUCCAAUGCUACAGCAGGUCAACCUGCUGUGGGCAGCAGUAAUGAUGAAAAUGAGCAGCAGUCCACUAAACAGGUGAAAGAAGCUUCCCCUGAGGAGUGUGACCAAGCUGUUGAAGGCUUGAGUACAGUAAAAGCAAAAGCAAAAGCUAAACAGAUGCAAGAAUCUCAGAAGAGUGCUACAUCUAUUUUGAAGAGGGUAUGGGCAAUGCUUCUGGGCAUUGGUCCUGCUUUGAGAGCUGUUGCUUCUAUGAGCAGGGAAGAUUGGGCUAAUAAACUGAACCACUGGAAGGAUGAAUUUAAGUCUACAAUGCAACACUAUUGGUUGGGUACAAAGCUACUUUGGGCUGAUGUGAGGAUUAGCUCAAGGUUACUGUUGAAACUUGCCAGGGGGAAGGGCCUAUCUAGAAGGGAGAGACAACAGCUCACACGCACUACAGCUGAUAUUUUCAGGCUGGUUCCUGUUGCGGUUUUUAUUAUAGUUCCAUUUAUGGAGUUCUUGCUGCCAGUCUUCCUGAAAUUAUUUCCCAACAUGUUGCCAUCAACCUUCCAGGACAAGAUGAAAGAACAGGAAGAAUUGAAAAGAAGACUGAAUGCGAGAAUAGAAUAUGCGAAGUUUCUUCAGGACACAGUGAAAGAAAUGGCAAAGGAAGUCCAAAACUCUCGAAGUGGAGAAAUUAAGAAGACAGCGGAAGAUCUUGAUGAAUUUUUGACCAAGGUUAGAACAGGUGCCCGUGUUUCCAACGAAGAAAUUUUAGGCUUCGCAAAAUUAUUCAAUGAUGAGCUUACUUUGGAUAACAUUAGCAGGCCUCGAUUAGUAAACAUGUGCAAAUAUAUGGGUAUCAGCCCUUACGGAACAGAUGCGUAUUUACGCUAUAUGCUUCGAAAAAGACUGCAACAGAUCAAGAAGGAUGAUCUGAUGAUAAAAGCUGAGGGUGUAGAGUCUCUUACGGAAGAAGAGCUUCGUCAGGCCUGUAGAGAUCGAGGGUUACUUGGAUCACCUUCCAUGGAGGAGUUGCGGCAUCAGUUGCUUGAUUGGCUGGAUUUAUCUCUCAAUCAUUCCGUUCCAUCCUCUCUCUUAAUCCUUUCUAGAGCGUUCUCUGUGUCUGGGAAAGUUAGGCCAGAGGAAGCUGUUCAGGCAACACUUUCGUCUCUGCCAGAUGAGGUUGUGGAUACUGUUGGAGUGACAGCCUUGUCUUCUGAAGAUUCAGUUUCAGAAAGGAGGAGAAAAUUGGAAUUCCUGGAAAUGCAGGAAGAAUUCAUAAAGGAGGAGGAGGAGGAGGAGGAGGAAGAGGAGGCAAAGAUGAUGGAAUCUACAAGAAGCAGCCAAAAGGAUGUUGCUUUGGAAGAGAUGACUAUCCCAACAGCACAAGAACUGGCAAGAGCAAAAACGUUGGAGAAGCAUGAACAGCUUUGUGAGAUCAGUCGUGCAUUGGCUGUUUUAUCUUCUGCAUCUUCAGUCAGCAGGGAGCGAGAGGAGUUCUUGCGACUUGUCAAAAAGGAGAUAAAUCUGUACAACAACAUGGUAGACAAAGAGGGUACAGUUGGAGAAGAAGAAGCCAAGAAGGCAUACCAAGCUGCCAGGGAGGAUAGUGACCACUCUGCUGAGACAGCUAUUGGCAACAAGGUUUCUUCUGCACUUAUAAACAGGGUGGAUGCCAUGCUUCAGAAGCUUGAAAAAGAAAUUGACGAUGUUGAUGCUAAAAUUGGCAAUCGAUGGCGUUUGCUUGAUAGGGAUUAUGACGGAAAAGUGACUCCUGAAGAGGUUGCUUCUGCUGCCAUGUACCUCAAGGACACCUUGGGCAAGGAGGGCAUCCAAGAACUUAUAAGCAAUCUUUCCAAGGAUAAAGAAGGGAAAAUCCUUGUUGAAGAUAUUGUCAAAUUAGGUAGUGAAACAGAAGAUGCUGAUACAACCGAAACGGGAAAAUUGUAGAGGACACAUACCCUCUUUUUGAUGUAUCUGCAUAUUUUGCUGGUGAAUUGCCUGGCUUAUUGCAUUGUUUUAUCUGGACAUGUAGCAUCAGUUGCUAUCUCGAUGUUAGAAGGCCGUGUUUUUCAGACUAGUGGGAAGUGAAACAAGAAAAAGGUGUGGUCAGAGCUGAAUGUAGAGAUUCUUUAUAUCUAUCAUGUCUUACUGCUACGAAAAUUCUUCCCAAUUCUUACAGAAGAUAACUGUAAACUGUGUAUACACAUCUCAGAACAAUGUUGUUUCCUUUUUGGCCUUUACUUCAUACGUGUUGUACGUGAUAUUUUUGUGAUAUACAGAUUCAGUUGUGUAUGCGUUGAGAUUAUGAUGUAGAGACUACUCCUUUGCCAUUUAGAUCUCCUGAUUGCAAUCUGAAAU